CUCUGCGGGGAGCCGAUCGUCUGCUCCUCACUCACCAUAACUACCACUCUGCCCGUCCCCCCAAAAAAAGAGAGUAAAAUAUCUACUUCAAAACCAGAAAAUCGCCGCCGAUGAUACCGCCGGGAAGUUUACCUGGCCGUUCCUAGUUUCUUCUCCAUCUAAAAAGGUAAUUUUUUUAUGAGCAUUUGUGGCUUUCAGAUUCGUUGAAGUAAGAGCUGCAAGAUGUCUUUCCAUGACAAGGAUUUUUGGAUACCAAAAUGUGGUGGACAUCUAUCUGAUGGAGAAGCAGUUUUUGAUAGCUCAUCAAGACUCGACGUGAAACGUGCUCACCAAUUGUUCUCCAGUACUACUGAGCCAGAGUUAUUUCCUAACAAGAAACAAGCUGUCCACACUUCACUAGGCAAAUCAACUUCGGAAAUUGCAGUGACAAAUUCUACAUGUUGGGAGACUACUUCUGAUCUUCCGUCAGGGGCAAAUCAAUUCAUUGAUAGAUUGUUUCGAGUUGAUACCACCAGGCCGGUCGACUUGACCGAGAGAAGCACAGGGAACUCCACAAUAAGGAAAAAAGUGAUCGACGACCAAAUUGGAGAUGAUCCAUUAGUUGGUUUGUCAAUGUCUUACACUAUUGAAGAACAACAGAUAUGCAUAAGCGACAGUAGAAUCAGAAAUCUUAAUGUUAAUCAGGUGGAGGAUUCAGAAAAUGCUUUUCAUUCACCGAUUGAAAACAACAUUAAUAUGUCUAUCAGUCAGGUACAUAAUAGGGCAAGUGAAACAUCCUUUCUAUCCAUGGGUCAGGCAUAUGGGAAGGAAGAUGAAAGUCAAACCUACAAUCCUGGAGAUAUAAGUAGAUCCAUCAGAUCCAAUGUUGAGAAAAGUCACAGCACUACACCAAUUGCUGACUCAUAUACCAGAGGGGAUUCCGACACAAUAUUUGGAUUUGAAUUGGUGUCUGAUAUUGAUGCUCUGGCAAGGCCAAUUAGCGGUUAUAAUUAUUUACAUUAUCAAUCGUCAGUGGACGCAUCAGAACCACAUUGUGACAAGCAGAUGGAUGGAUCAAAUGCUAACGCAGUUGAUAUCUCCUCUCAGACAUCAAAACCUAGGACUGAUUCCUUGCCAAAAACCAAAUCGGAGUCUAAAUCUGCACAUAAAGGUGCUCCUAAUAGCUUUCCUUCGAAUGUUAGAAGUUUGUUAGCAACAGGAAUUCUUGACGGUGUACCUGUAAAAUACGUCUUGUCCCGGCAGGAGCUUCGUGGUAUUAUAAAAGGUUCUGGAUACCUAUGUGGUUGUCAACCAUGUAACUAUUCAAAGGUGCUUAACGCCUAUGAGUUUGAGCGUCAUGCUGGUUGCAAGACAAAGCACCCUAACAAUCACAUAUACUUUGAGAAUGGGAAAACCAUCUACCAGAUAACCCAGGAGCUAAGGAGCACGCCACAAAGUUUGUUGUUCGAAGCAAUUCAAACCGUGACUGGUUCCCCCAUCAAUCAAAAAGCUUUCCAGAUUUGGAAAGAAUCAUUUCAAGCUGCAACUCGAGAACUCCAGCGAAUAUAUGGGAAGGAAGAAUUGAACCUGUAAGUUCAAUGUUGGUGGAUCAAUGAUAAUAUUAAGAAUAUUCUCUGCCUUUGUAAAAUAGAAACAAACAACUUAUUUUAGUCAGCCAAUGUGAUGUAAAAUAUGUUCAUAUGCUUCGGCAAUUAUAAUUUGACAAUGCAAUUAU